CUCCGCCCGGUGGGCGCCGUGACAGCCGCCAGACGCAGUUCCCCGGAUGCUCUGUGGUCAGGUGGACUAUCGUCUUUUUAUGACACCGCAGAGACCUGCACUGCCCCCGAACCUCAAGACACCCUCAAUAAAGAGGCUCGACCCGAUAAUGCUUUGUCUCCUUGCCUGGGCUCUCUCUUGGACGUCUGAAAUGUCAUUACUCCGAACCACACCGGCCUCAAUCUUCACUGAGAGAAUAGAGCGAGGGAACGGCGCUGAAAUGAAGAUCCACACCGGGAGAAGAAUUUGAGCUAUUUGUUUACAGCUCGAUUUGAGGGGGUGAGGUUAACUACCCGUUAGGCUGGCCAGAAAGCUCAUACCCGGCGAAGGUGGCUUGGAUAACGGAUUAACUCAACCAUGGCUGGGCUUAUUAAGAAGCAGAUCUUGAAGCAUCUCUCCAGGUUUGCUAAGAACCUGUCACCUGACAAGAUCAACCUGAGCACGCUGAAGGGGGAGGGCCAGCUGACCAACCUGGAGCUAGACGAGGAGGUCCUGCAGAGUCUGCUGGACCUGCCCACCUGGCUGGCAAUCAACCGUGUGUUCUGCAACAAGGCUGCCAUCAGGAUACCAUGGACAAAACUAAAGACUCACCCAAUUUCUUUGAACCUGGAUAAGGUGAUAAUGGAAAUGAGCACGUGUGAUGAACCCCGUCCACCUAAUGGUCCCUCUCCCAUUGCAACAGCAUCUGGACAAAGUGAAUAUGGCUUUGCUGAGAAGGUGGUGGAGGGCAUAUCGUUAUCCAUCAACUCCAUCGUCAUCAAGAUCAGCGCAAAGGCUUUUAACGCCUCCUUUGAGCUCUCCCAGCUGCAGGUGUACAGCGUCAACACCAGCUGGAGCAUCGGUGACCUGCGGUCCACCCGCAUCCAGGAUCCUCAGAGGGGGGAGAUCCUGACAUUUAAAGAAAUCAGCUGGCAGAUGAUCCGCAUCGAGGCUGACGCCAUUCAGAGCGCCGAACACGAGAUGCUGAGUGCUCCCAUCCGCCUCAUCACCAACCAGUCGAAGAUCAGAGUCACCCUUAAGAGACGGAUGAAAGACUGCAACGUGGUGGCUUCAAAGCUGAUUCUUAUCUUGGACGACCUCCUGUGGGUGCUGACCGAUUCCCAGCUCAAAGCUAUGGUGCAGUAUGCAAAGUCUCUCAGCGAGGCCAUGGAGAAGUCUGCUCAGCAGAGGAAGAGCAUGGCUGCAGACGAUCAGGUGUCAUCGCCACCACCUACAGCCCAACAAGUGCGCACCCAGCAGGCGUCCACAGCCGCUGACCAGAGUGCAACCAUGGCCAAGCUGUUCAGCGCUUACGAUGUGUGUGAGACCUCCCACCACCUCCAGGUCACACACCUGGACCUGCACAUCUGUGAUGACAUCCACGCCAAGGACAAAGCUACCAGUAGGAGGAUAACAGGUGGAGCAAUGCAGCUUUCCUUUAGCUCCAUCACCUUUGACUACUAUCCUUUCCACAAAGCAGGGGACAGUUGUGUCCACUGGAUGCACUACAGCGAAGCAACUAAAACUAGAGAGAGCUGGGCAAAAAGUCUGCUGGAUGAGUUCCAAACCAACGUAGACAGUUUAAAGAGUGCGUUUCGAGACCGACAAGGCCCGGGUGCUGCUCACAGCUCCCCACAUCAUGUGUCCCUUAAGGACGAGGUUUAUGAACCUCUAGGAAGUCAGGAGAAAGCAGAAGGAGAAGUAGGGCUUAGGGAGGCAGAUGGAGGACUCCUAGAUUGGAGCCCCCACACACAACCUCCACCCCAGUGCUGCUGGUGCCUAGAACCAGGUAAGAUAAACACCUCCUCCUCCAGCACUUCCUUCAGCCCUCCACCCCCUCAAACUCCAAAGACCCAGCUCAUGUCCAGCUCGUUUGUUCUCAGGAUGGCAGACUUCAGCAUCUACCAGGUGUCAACAGCAGACCAGCGGCGCUCCAGCCCCAAGACCAUGAUCUCCUGUAAUAAGAAGUCCUUGUACCUUCCCCCGGAGAUGCCGGCCAUCCAUGUUGAGUUUACAGAAUACUACUUUCCUGAUGGAAAAGACUACCCCAUUCCUUGUCCCAACCUGUAUGCCCAGCUUAACGCCCUGCAGCUGGUUCUGGAUCCUCGCAGUCUGGUGUGGAUCAACCUCUUCGCCCUGGAGCUCAGACAGAGUCUGGAGCAGUUCAUGGAGAUCUACAAGCUCAAUGACUCUCAGAAGCCUGAUGAGCACGUUGACAUCAAGGUGGAUGGCCUCAUGCUAAAACUGGUGGUUCCCACCGAUCAGGAUGCCUCCUGUGCUGCAGACUUGCCUUGCUCCAUCUCAAUACAGACAUCAGAAAUGGUAGCCACCAACACCCGACACCCCUCCAACUGCACCCGAUCCCACCUCGAGGCCGUGCUGCAGGCUUUUGAAGGGGAGCCCUUCUUCUCUCCGUCUUUCUCCUCUUUCCCCCGGUCCCCAUCCUCUGUGCCCAUUCUCCACCCUGCCUUCCAGCAGCAUGCUCAUGAACAAGACACCAAGCUGCACAACAUCUACCGAGGGUUGGUGGUGCCCACGAUGGGCGCAGACGCUCUCAAGAUGCCUGCAGCCACUGACUUUUGGGUCCUGCACUUUGCCCAGUUUUGGGUGGACUAUGAAGGCACCCGUGGAGGUAAAGGGCGGCCGCAGCCAUUCGUGGACUCGUUCCCUCUCACUGUGUGGGCUUGUCAGCCUACAAAGCUUGUCCAGCAUCAGGAGAAGCUGAAAGACUCUGCAGGACCAGGACUGUCUAGAAGUUCGUCAGUGGAGGCAGUUGCGCGUUUGCAGAGGAAAAGAAUGCUAAAGGAGUAUUACAGCACGGAUAGUGCACCAGCAUCAACUCUCUGCAACAAUUCAACACUGCUGCAAAGUAACGGGCUCCAUAAACCCCACUCAUUGGAUAGUCUGCCCAACUCAAACUCUUCAUUGUCAUCAAGUAAAGAUGCAGAUGUCCAUCUGUUGGUGCAUGUCCAGAAGCCUUUAAGCGCUCAGGUGAGCCAUCAGCAGUAUGUGUUUCUGAUGCACCUUCUGCGCAGCCUCAAAACCCUGCAGCAAACACUACAGCAGGAUCUGGAGGAGAUGGCCUCCAAAAGAGAACACAAAGACACAUCCCGCCAUCCUGCCGACCACAAACCCUUCACCUUCUGCUUGGGCCUCCUGCUCAAAAGCGCAGAGGUGUCCCUCCUCAUGAAGCCUAUACCGCAGCAAGAAGGUUCUGGAUCUCCUGUAGGAUCAGAGCUCUCCCCCUCAGAGAGCAGAGGAACUUUGGAACCAGCAAGUGAUGCGGGAGAGGGCUCGGUGAGGGGCAAUGAAGAGUCUGGGUGUGAAGACAGAGGAGCAGCUAAACAGUCUUGCACUGUAGACCAGCUGUUAUGUGGCUCUCUUCCAGAGGAGGGAGCCACUCUGGGUCCUACCCCUCUAAUUCCCUCCUCAUCUUCUAGGGAGAGGACUCCAUCUAAAAAUACUGAGAGGGGGGCUGCAAAUGAAGGGGGGGAGGGUGUGGUGGAUGGGUCAGCAGCCGGGGCUGAAGUGGGUUCUCGACUGGACUCCAAAACCAUUGUGAGUGACCCUCUUUCUGACUUAAGUGACAAAGAGAAGCCUGCAGCUGCAAAUAUGCCUCAGUCAAUAUCCAGGAAGGGAAGUUUGUCUGUGCUUUCUGAUCUCCUCAGCUCCUCAAACUCCAGCAGAUCCACCUCCCUUUAUUCCAUGUCUAACAUUGGUCGUUUGAUGCGUGAUCGCUCCCAGUCCAGUUUCUCUGUGUCCUAUAAGAACAUGAAGAAGAGCCCAUCCCUUCAGUCUCUGGACAACAUCUCCAUAGACAGCAACCCAAUGGAAGACGGAGACACUUACAGCUUGAUGGAGAGAGAUGAUGUGUCCAUCUCUGGCUUCAAGGACGCCAUCAGUGAGCAGAGUCUCCCAGAGAGCGCCACCGAGGCAGUAACUGUUCAGGGAAAGGAGGGGGCAGCGUCCCCUGACAGCAUCAGCGCCACCUCACAGAGCAUCGAUGAGACCACGAAAGACACCGUGUCGGUGCUGGUGUUGAAGGUGCAGUCAAUGUGUGUGGGCAUGGAAGCGGUGGGCGAGAGCUCGGCCGUGGCUCUAGAGGUGGGUCGGGUCACACCUAACCAGCUGGGCAACAUCAGCCUCAGAGAGUACCACAGUAACCGUAGCCUUGGUAUGGUGUGUUCAGUACCAAUACCUGCUCAAAGCAGCCAAGCCGGUGGGGGAACCAACUCUGAAUCCAGCCGGGGCCUUUACAGUCCAGAGGUCCGGGCCCGCCUGGAGAGCGGGCCUAGCGCUGCCACCCUUUCCUCGCUGGCGGAGCAAAACGGCUUCCUGCAACUGCAUCUCCAUGGAUACAACGCCAGCUUUUUGAUGGCCUCGCUGCGCAACCUGGCACUUUUCCUGGAUGGCGACCACUCUUCCAAUGUGCUGCCCAUGGAGAUCAGAAUCAAGGACACGCACAUCGAUUUAAAGGGAGACGACCCCUGCGACGAUCCCCCUGACGGCGAGCCCUCAGCGAUCACAUUACAUGUGGACAGUCUCAUCGUACACAGACAGGAUGAUGGGUCUUUCUCUAUAGGAGUGGACGGUGCUGCAGACGCCAAACCCGAGAAAAUACUGACUGACAGCUCUCUGAGUCCAGUUCCUAAGGCUGUGAGCAGCGUCUGCAGGACAGCGAAGGCAACACAGACGCAAACGCCACCCGCCAGCCCCCGUCCGACCACCAGGGAAAAGAUGCUGCUGGAGGAGAACGAAUGCCUGAAGGUGGAGCUGUCCAGAGCCAAGAUGGCGCUGGCCGAGGCUCAGAUGGAGAAGGACUCGCUGCUUCACCGCAUGAAGAACCUAAAGAUUAACACCAGCUAGAACUGCCUUGGUUUUGAGACAGUGGUGCUCGCUGACUCUAACUAUUAAAAAAAAAGAGAUUUUUAAAAUUUUUUACUUUAACUGUUUCAUCUUUACAUUUCGUUGAAGGAGCUACCACAAUUUGUGACGCUGAAAAAAACUGAUAAACUACAUUUUUACACACUUUUUCUGUUUUAUCUAGUUGAAUAUGGACUAGAAGCUUUAAAUAGAAUUGAUAUUCUAUUUAAAGCUUGUGGAAAAAGAGGGUAGACAUCUAUAAUGUUGUUGGUGCCUAUAGUAACUCAUUCCUCACUACUUCUGUUGUCAUUGAAACCACCAGAGCUCAUUUGAGAUGAACUUCAUAGCAACCUGUAGGUCUGUAAUAACACUGAAUGUUGCAUCUUCAGAAGAAUGUCAAACAAAAACGACUUAUUUUGCACUGCCCUGAAUUUUAAUUCAGUGCAUUCAUAUUCAGACUAUACGGUGUACAUUGUACAAGAAUGUGAACGUGCAUUUCCUACAGAACCUUGAAUGGUUUUGUAGUUUUUGCAGUUGAAUGUGUGGGUUAUUUUUGCGAGUGUCUCAGACAGAACACGUGUUUUGACAGGCGUAGAGGACAAACAUCGGUUCAGUUAACUACUUUUUCAAAUGCCUCAGAAUUAGCUGUCGCCUCCACGUUUGUCCUAUGUUUUAUGUCUGUAAAUACUCAACACGUGCUGCACUUUUUAAUACUGAGGCACUGUAAAUACAGCAAUCACAACUGUGAGAGAACAAGAGCGGAUGAGCGGAGCGCCGUUCUGUAAAAAGGAGAAAAAAAAAGGGCCACUUUGAAGCUGCCUGACUACAUGUGUGUUUCUUUAUGUACAAAUUAAGUAAAAAAUCCAUGUACUGUGAUGACUUUCAUGGACAAGCAAUGGCAUUAUUUGCUGCUGUAUCAUCCCUGUGUGAUAAACUUCAUGUUCAUAACUAAAAUCAACUUAUUUUUCUAACAGCACAUGCUUUGGCACAUCAGAAACAUUGAAAAAUGAAGGUCAGUUUAGCUCUAAUAUUUUUUAACAGUAAAAGAUUUAGUCUACAUGUGCAAAAGAUCUACUCUAAAAAAAAGAACAAUUUAAAGUUGUCUUUUUCCUUCAAAUUUAAUAUACUGUUAAACUUUUAAUCAGUACUUUCGCUGCAGUCAUUACACCCCUCCUUAUUGGGAAGAAGGAAGCGACAUUCAGACACCAUUAAAGAAAAGUAUUUUUUCUGUCAAAGUUGCUGAAAUAGAAAAUAAAUGAUCUCUUUUUAAA